AUGCUCGCAGCAAAAACUUUAUCAAGACUUAGCAGAAAUGUCAUCCAAGCAGCAAGAUCGAUGUAUAUUCAAGUGCAAGAGACGCCGAAUCCGCUUUCGCUGAAAUUUCUUCCAGGCCAACAGCUUCUACCAGACGCUUCGAAGACGUACGACUUCAGCUCGGCAGCCACGGCAAAGCAGAGUCCAUUGGCGAUAAAACUGCUCCGCGUCGACGGUGUGAAACGUGUCUUUUUCGGCGAAGACUUUAUCACCGUCACGAAAUCCGAUGAAACCGUGGAUUGGGCUCUUCUUCGUCCGGAAAUUUUCUCCACCAUCGCCGAUCAUCUUCAGACCGGAAAGUCAGUGAUCAAUGAAGCAUCGGCAACUGCCGGAGAAGCCGAAGAAGAUGACAACGAGGUGGUGAUGAUGAUCAAAGAGAUUCUGGAGACCCGAAUUCGACCGAUGGUUCAAGAAGACGGCGGUGACAUCACCUAUGUCGGAUUCGAUGAUGGUGUUGUGAAGUUGAAGAUGCAAGGAUCGUGUACAGGAUGUCCAUCGUCAGGAGUGACUCUGAAGAAUGGAAUUGAGAAUAUGCUGACAUUCUACGUGCCAGAAGUCAAAGAAGUGAUCGAAGUGAAGGAUGAAUCAGAUGAUUUGGUGGAGAAGGAAUUGAAGAAAUUCGAGCAAUCGAGAGGAAUCAAAGAUUGA